AUGCCAUGGCCACCAUGGCGCGAAAGGGACAGUGGUGACAGGAAAAGUCCUGUCUCAUGGACAGACAAUCUCAAUUCUAUCGACUGGUCUCAUUACACCGAUCCGAGGACAGUGAUUCCCACACUUAUCCUCACAACCACGAUCCUGGUCUCUGUAAGGGUUUACCGCUCCUACCUAAGCCGAAUACCAGAAGCUACGUACAUACGACCCCGUUUCUUCAGAACGAGGAGUCUAUUUGGGAAGGUUACGAGGGUAGGUGAUGCGGACAACUUCCACCUUUUCCACACGCCCGGUGGGAGACUGGCUGGUUGGGAAUGGGCGCCAGGACGGAAAAUCCCGGAAAAGAAGGCCGACCUGAAGAACAACACGAUACACGUCCGAUUAGCUGGUAUCGACGCGCCGGAAUGCUCUCACUUCGGAAAACCCGCCCAACCAUACUCCGCCGAAGCACUAGAAUGGCUGAGGAACUACAUCAUGAAUCGCCGAGUGCGCGCAUACAUCUACAAGCGGGAUCAGUAUGAGCGAGUUGUGGCUACGGUCUGGGUACGGAGGUUUUUGUUCCGAAGGGACGUAGGGAAGGAGAUGGUGAAGGCAGGACUGGCUACAGUCUACGAAGCAAAGACGGGGGCUGAAUUCGGCGACUUCGAGAAGAAGUAUAGAGAGGCCGAGGAACUGGCUAAGCGGAAGAAACGUGGGAUGUGGGCAGGCAAGGCUGGGAACUAUGAGAGCCCGAGGGAAUACAAGACCAGGACGGCGAUCAGCGAUACGAAGUAG